AAUAUUCCUUUGGCAAUCCAAAAUGAGCAGCUCUCUCACAGAGGCUUGGACGGCGCUGUGCUGCUCCCGGGAUGCGAGGCACGGGUUUGUCCGCUAAGGGGAGUGUUGCCUUGGAGAGGGAGGGUGGGUGCGUUCCCGCAGCAACAGGGAAGAUGGCAGCUCUCACAUCUCUCACCCAGUUGUCAAGUGGGAACCCUGUAUAUGAGAACCUGUACAGACAGGUGGAUCCGGGGAAUAUGGGGAGAGUGGGGCCAACAGAAGCUGCUUUGUUCUUGAAAAAGUCUGGACUCCCUGACAUCACGUUGGGAAAGAUCUGGGAUUUGGCCGAUCCUGAUGGCAAAGGCUACCUGGACAAACAGGGGUUUUACGUAGCACUGCGGCUGGUGGCCUGUGCUCAGAGUGGUCAGGAAGUCAGUCUGUCCAGCCUCAACCUAACAGUACCUCCCCCCAAGUUUAAGGACACCAGCAGUCCGUCUCUAAGCAGCACAGCUUCUGCUCCCGGCGAAUUACACUGGGCUGUCAGGCCCGAAGAGAAGAGUAAAUUUGAUGGGAUCUUUGAAAGUUUGGUUCCAGUCAAUGGCCUGCUGUCAGGAGAGAAGGUCAAACCAGUCCUAAUCAACUCUAAGCUACCUCUGGAUGUCCUUGGGAAGGUUUGGGACCUGAGUGACAUAGAUAAAGAUGGCCAUCUGGACAAAGAUGAGUUUGCAGUGGCCAUGCACCUCGUGUACCGGGCCCUGGAGAAGGAGCCCGUUCCUGCACUCCUCCCCUCUUCCCUCAUCCCUCCGUCAAAGAGAAAGAAGAGUCUGGGCUCAGUGGCCACCUCUGUGCCCGGCCUGCCUGCAAGCCCUCCACCACCGAAAGACUCGCUGCGCUCCACGCCCUCCCACGGCAGCAUGAACUCACUCAACAGCACCGGCAGCCUGUCGCCCAAACACACACUCAAGUCUGGACAGCAUUCGGUGACCUGGGUGGUGCCAGUGUCAGACCGUGGUCGCUAUGACGACAUCUUUCUGAAAACUGACGCUGACAUGGACGGAUUUGUCAGCGGACACGAAGUAAAGGACAUCUUCAUGCAGUCUGGACUCUCUCAGAAUGUCCUUGCCCAUAUAUGGGCUCUGGCAGACACGAGGCAGAUAGGUAAGCUGACCAGGGAGCAGUUUGCCCUCGCCAUGCAUCUCAUCCAGCAGAAAGUCAGCAAGGGUAUCGACCCUCCACAGGCCCUGACUGCUGACAUGCUCCCGCCCUCUGAGAGAGGCACUCCUGUACCAAGUAUGUCAGGAUACAUGACCCCAGUGGGAUCAGAGAUGGCUGCUCUAUCUGAGAUGAGACGGGACAGCUCCAGUUCAGUUGGUUCAGGGGAGUUCACUGGCAUUAAGGAACUGGAUGACAUCAGCCAGGAGAUAGCCCAGUUACAGAGCACUCUUGCCUUUACCCAGUGGAAUACUCUCAGGGAGAAGUACACUCUUGAGCAGGACAUCAGGGAGACGGAGGAGGCCAUCAGACAUAAGAGUGCAGAGGUGCAGGAGAUGCAGAACGACCUGGACAGAGAGACAGCCAGUCUGCAGGAGCUGGAGGCUCAGAAACAAGACGCCCAGGACCGCCUGGAGGAGAUGGACCAACAGAAACACAAAUUAGAGGACAUGCUGAAUGAAGUGCGGAUGAAGUGCCAGGAAGAGUCUCAGAUGAUCUCAACCCUCCAGAGUCAGAUCCACUCCCAGGAGACAGACCUGCAGAGCCAGGAGGAAGAGCUGACCCGGGCAAAGGCCGACCUGGGCCGGCUACAGCAGGAGGAGAACCAGCUGGAGCAGAGCCUGGCUGCUGGCAAGAUCCAACUGGAGACCAUCAUCAAGUCUCUGAAGGCCACACAGGAUGAGAUCAAUCAGGCUCGUAGUAAGUUGUCCCAGAUUCAGGACAGCCAACAGGAAGUGUCUAAAAGCAUUGAGCAGUACAACAGCACCUUGAACGGGACUCAUGGAGGCAGCAUGACCAACCUGGCCGACAUGAGCGAGGGCUUCAGCGACAGAGAGAACGGAGGAUUCCCAGCCAUGGUGAGAGCACCACAGGAGGAUCCAUUCAAAGUGAAGCCAUCUGUGUUCAACAGCCAGCCUCAGGAGCUUCCCCCUGACCCCUUCCACUCUGAAGACCCCUUCAAAACAGAUCCAUUCAAAGGAGACCCUUUCCAAAAUGACCCUUUUGCAAAGCAGCCAUCAGCGUCCACAGAUCCUUUUGGAGGAGAUCCGUUCAAAGAGACAGAUCCGUUCAAGGCUUCCUCAGAAGAUUUCUUCAAGAAGACCACGAAGAUAGAUCCAUUCUCCACACCAGACCCCUUCAGUAAAAGUGCUACAUUACCCUCAAAGCAAACCAGUCACUUCACAAGCAGUGACCCGUUCUUAUCAAGCAACCCAAAACCCAAAGGACCAGACCUGUUUGGCACGUUGGACCCGUUUGGCAGCAGUUCAUUCAGCAGCAGUAGUAACAGUUCUGCUGGAUUUGCAGACUUCAGCCACAUGUCAAAACCCAGAGACCCUUUUGAAGGCAGGGCCAGCUGGCUCCCAGACUACCAGAAGUCUGUGUUUGUGGAUGACCCAUUCAGCAGGAAGAAUGACACGCCAGCUCUGCCACCGAAGAAAAGUGUUCCCCCAAGACCCAAACCACCCAGCGGUAAGAGUACACCUGUAAGCAUGUCUGGCACAGCUGACCCUUCCAAACCAUGUGACCCCUUCCAGCCAUUUGGCAGCGACGCCAUCGACCCAUUUCAGAGUAAAAAGGGCCCAGGAGACCCGUUCAGUGGCAAAGACCCUUUCGCACCAUCCUCAGCAUCAAGUAAAACUCCUAAAGACUCUACCUCGGGUUUCGCAGACUUCAGUUCUGACCUGACAAAGUCAAGUUUGGGAAUGAGGCUCAGCAGUUGGAGUGGGCUAAGCGAGAGAGCGAGCGGGCCGAGCGUGAGCGGCUGAAGAGGCUCAGACAGCAGGAGCAGGAAGACCUGGAGCUGGCCAUCGCCCUCAGCAAGGCCGAGAUGUCCAACGCAUGACCUGGCUCACUCCUCCACACACACACACACACACACACACACACACACACACAGCAGGUAAACAGGCUAACACGCAGACAACAUCUAAACAUUCAGACAUAAAGCACAUCACUGGACUAACUUGCGAGCGUUCAUAUAUAUAUAUAUACACACACACACACACACACACACACACACACAUUCCCCAACACCACACACUCAGUAACUCUGUCUGACCGCUGAUUCUGCAUUAUAAACUAAGACAAACAAAAGUCAACUGACAGAGAACUGAAGGAUGAAGAAGGAGAAGAGGAGGAGGAGGAGGAUGCUUGAUGGAAACAAAUGGAUGCACUGUGUAUAUGCACUCUAGUGGCUGAACAGUAACGUGAUGGAUCCAUUCACUGGACUGAGCACACAAGCUGACAUCUCUGAAGAAAGCCUCGACAGUUUGAAUUUCACUGUGUCGUCUUUUGUUUUGUUUUGUUUUUUUAGACUCACUAACAAAUCUGUUGCUAUGAAAGGGCAAAUAGAGACUUUAAAUCACAUUACAAUUCAAACUGCCGAGGUAUUUCUCAAAAGGUUUCUUUUUUUUCCUCGUUAUCAGCAGUGACAUGAUGAUAUAUCAUGGAGCUGCUGAUGGUGUAUCGUGUCAGGUAAGGUUUAGUUGUUUUCCUGGUAAGAAAAUGCUUCAGAAUGAGGUGUUAAAUAAGUAUUUGUUCAUAGAGAAGGGACUGGAUUAAAUUUAAAUUUUUAAUUUUUUUGUUUUUAAGGCAAUACUGUCACUAACCCAGACCGAGAGUAGAAGUGAGAAUGUCGAUAUUAGUUGAGUUUUUUCACUUCUGCUGGAGGCAAAACAACUGUUCCCCUCUGCUCUGUGUGAAGAUGGCCAAUCGAUACUGGAUGUACAGAUAUGAAAUUGAUAUUGAUCUCCUCAUCUGAUUCUGGCUGAGUUGGAGCAUAUUUCCCCAACUGCUAGUUAUUCUGUUAACUUUAUAGCACACCAGGAUCUACCGUGAGAUUAGAGACCUGUAGUACAGACAGGGCUGUAUUAUCAAACGCAGAGACCCUCAGGCGGCUCUCAGUUUGUGGUGUUUAUUUCAUCGCAGAUUUCUUUGGGAAUAUGCUGAAGCACAACAUGGACUACAGUGAUCAGGGCGUCAAGGUGCUGCUCGUUGUUACCUAUUCACGAGCUCCUGUGAACUCUGCUGGUGUAAUCACAAGCGCUGUCUAGACGGGCAGUGAUCAGGUCCAGCAGCCGCCUCAGAAGAUGCAGUGUAGUACUAACCAUGACGUGUAAAUUGAUCUUUAUAAAGCCUUUAUUAUUUGUUCAUAUUGUGUUUGCAUAGUGCAUAUUCUCAAAUGUAAUCUCAUUACCACAAACUAAUACUAACUACUAAUUAAUACAUGCAUAAUGCAUGCAGAGUGGCAGAAAGGGGGAGCCAGCUUUUUGCCCUGAGGACUCGUGUGUCCGUCUGUUUCUCACAUCCAGGUCGGAGCUCAGCGGCUCCUCGUGUGAAAAGGAAUAUUUUUAACCAGUUUCAGUGGGAUAUGCUCACUUUUCAUUCUUGUCACAUUAUGGGUGACUUUAAUGUGAAGAGUAGCUGACAGAUGCAAAAUGUCAACACAUCCUGUGCAGUGACAGUAACAAAUUGUACAGAUCUAUUUUCUUUGUCGAGCAGUGUGAGACAGUAUGGAGCGCGAGCUGUGAAGAGCCGCGGUACUCUCUCCCUCUGUCCAGUGUACAUAGACGAACAGGGCUAACUCUGCCUCCUUUCGACAGCUCUGCUCUGAUCCCGAUGCUGUGAUGUCACGCCACAUCCAACAAACGAAAGGCAAGAUGAGGGAAUUCAUUUUUUCUACACUUGACUUGUUUUCUUUUCAGAGAGCGAGAAUUUUAACACCGUUUUUUUUUAAUUCUUUUUAUUUCAUGAGCUACUUCUUUCACACAUUUUUGUUUUAAAACAUCAUCCAAGUGGAUGUCGUGGUUUUGUGCUAUAAUUUUAGGUUUUAGUCACUGCGGUGCUGCACGGAGCUGUUAGCACAAGCCGCUGAGUGUUUGGAAAGGUUUGGAACUGGCUGAAUUCAGGUGUCAUUAGGCUGGAAAUAGUGCUGUUUCUGCUGUGUCAUAGUGAUGUUCAGACAUGGACCACUCACCCUGUUGUAUUUGAGUUGUCCCUUUUACUUGAAGUGACUGAUGUUUGAGUGAGACAGACUCUGAAGUUUGAUUUUGGACUGACAGAUUCUGCUGAACUUCUUUCCUCUCAGAGCCCCUCUGUUGUACGUUCAAAUGUCAUGUUGUGUUUUAUAUAUAUAUAUGAGUCUGUAUUCUGUGUGCCCAUGAUCAAUCAUAUGCUUCAGUCAGUGUUUUGCCUCGUGCAUGCCCUGCAGACAGAUUCUAAACAUCACUCUGAACAAUAACUUAUUGAUUUCUCAGUUUUCAGUACGUUAACUUGGUUAUCAAGAGGGGAAAAAGUAGUUCUAACAAAGCUAGAUGACCUUGUUAGUGUUCUUUAUUGAGACUAGUUGUAACCACUAGCAGUACUUUGGUGUCAGGACCAUCGUACGAUGGAAUACAGCGCUGGAUGUGUUCUGAUGGAGCUCAGACAUUUCAGUCACUCUGUCUCUGCUCGUUUGUUACAGAAAGAAUUUUGAAAAUACAAACUCCCUUCAACACUGCUCAGUGGAAGUGUGUAAAUAUAGCUUCUGAUCACCAGUGACACCACUGAGCGCACUGCUGCUGAGUGAUUUGUAAGCGUGGAUAAACUCAAUUACAUUUGAUUUUACAUGACUUGCUUUAAUUUCAAAGGAAAUAACCACUCUGUAAAUCAUAAUUCAUAAUUUACACCUGCCUGAGUUAAGUCAAGAAAUGUCAGGGUUCCAUCAGACCACUCAGGACUGUGAUGCACAGUAUGCUGGUCCUGGAUCAGGGCUAGGUCUCUGUAAGAUGCUAACAAGCUGUGUCUUGGGUGGAACACCAGAACAAACAAAAUACUUUUUAAUCCUUUAAUUGCACAAGCACAUUGUGAUGAACAUGAAUUAGUAACUAUUACGAUACUAUGUAAAGUUGGUCUUGGAUCAUAGCAGCCUCUGAAGAAGGCUUUGCACUGACUGGUACGACAAGAUGACCUCAUGUUAUUUAGUGUUGCGUUUGCUUCUCCAGUCACCAUGCUGGUAAUGAGAAGGUCAAUGACAUAACUGAAAUUUCGAACAACGUUUCCCCCCCAAAAUAUUACAUACGUGUGUGGAACUGACUUUCGGGGGGUAGAAAUGCUAAAAAAUCCGUGUAAUGUGAAUUCACCCAAAAUUGGACAGAAAUGCUCGAGUAAAGUUGACGUGCCGCCACUGAUUCUGCCAGAUAGAAAUGUGAACUGCCUCUCCCUGCCAUUUUUGUCUUGUUUACAUAUCAUGAACAUUUACUUUGCUGUAGCUGUUACAAACUGUGUACCCAUAGGGGAGCAGUGUCUCUGGUGUGAGCCUCUCUAAGCUGUACAUGGCUGACAAGCUUCCAUCUACCUUUGUGCCGUUAAAAGCAUUUUGUGUCUUUGCUGUGCUCCUGUCACACUGUAGUGAAAACUAAACUACAUUAUGGCCCCACUAAAAUUAAGCUGCCAGCUGACAACUUAGCUUGUUACACUAGCUGUGAGCUAAUAAGUUAGCCAGCUUGUUGUCAGCUGUUACCCAUUACCUUUUAAAAAGAAUAGCAACACUUGCUAAAUUGUUGCUAACAAAGGUAUAACAAUAUGUAAUGAUAAAUAACAUGAGUUGUUACAUUAAUAUUAUUCUGUAUGUCCUUUAUUUUCAGCUAACCCUAUAAAAAGACCAAAACCAACAUGGUCUCUUUCCGACUAACCUAGCCUAUGUUGUGGUUUGGUUUCCUGUUGAAGACAUAGAUCAUAGACACCAAUAUAUGACAUUUUUUAAAGACUUUGUUAUAAAAAUAUAUUUUUUGUGAUAUUUUAACACUAUGUUAACAUUGUAAAAAGAAAAAGAAAAGGCAUUACACCACCAAAUUGUUCACAACAAUGUGGCAGGAACAGUGCACAGCAAAAAGAACAAAUAUUCCCUUUAAAUUUGGUUUCAGUGUGUCUCUGUGCUCAUCACAGGCACACAGCUCAGCUGAAGCUUUGUAAGCAAACCCAAGUUUAUCAUAUAGAAUAGAUCUGUGUCACUUUCUGCAACCUAAUAAUUAAGAACUUGUAGAACGCAGAGGGCUUUGUAGAAAAUGUACUGCAGUACCUCCCAGAACUCGAGAUGAGCUUUUCUGGAGCAUUGAAAGGGAAAACAUAUAAUUAAUAAAUCUAUUUUCAGAUUGUAGAUUCUGCAUAUGAACAUGUUUUAAAGAGUAAGUUACAAUAUUGAGAACCUCUGGUACUAUCCAACACUUGCUGCUACAGACACAUUUCAGUCAGUACCAGAAAGUACUGACUCUGGAUACUCUGCCUGCUGUAAACUGUGACCCUCUGUUCUACAUGUGUUUCUGUCCACCUCCCUGUGACCCCAGCCUGUCUCAGUACACUGCUUAGAGAGGUGAGCUCCAGACCGGUACUAUCAUUCAUACUGUAUUUUUCAUCUGAUGUCUCCAUUGUGCAAUAGAUAUUGUUUAUUUUUA